GAUGCAGUGGGUACUAACUCUUCCACCGUUCAAGUCGAAAGUGGAUGCUGAAGUUGGCGAGGUUGUGGUGAAGAUUGAGCAGUCGCUCAUCGUCCAAACACCCUCUGUUGAAGAUUUCAAGGUGAUUCCUCCUACUGGGCUGACGGAUGAUCUGAUCACGCAUUACAUGGAUGAAUUGAGCGAUCUUAAACAUUCAGAGUGGGAAAAUGGCAAGGUCUCUGGUGCCGUGUAUCACGGUGGUGACGACGUUAUCGACAUCCAGGCAAAGGCUUUCAAGACCUACUGUGUAGCCAACCAGCUCCACCCAGAUGUGUUCCCAGGAGUGCGCAAGAUGGAGGCCGAGGUUGUCAGCAUGGUGCUUCGCCUGUUCAACGCACCACAGUCAGGUGUUGGUGGCUCGUCCUCAGGUGGUACUGAGUCGCUACUAUUGGCUUGUCUAAGUGCUGCGGUGUAUGCGAAACGUCAUAGAGGUAUUAAGCAUCCAGAGAUGGUUAUACCAGAAACUGCACAUGCUGGGUUUGAUAAGGCUUCUUACUAUUUUGGUAUAAAGCUGCACCACGUCCCAUUGAAUCCAAAGACUUUCAAAGUGGACGUUAGUCAGAUGGAGAGAUUUAUAAAUGGCAAUACAGUGUUGUUGGCAGGGUCUGCUCCAAACUUCCCACACGGUAUCGUCGAUGACAUAGAGGCCAUAGGAGCAUUGGGCGUGAAGUAUAACAUCCCAGUACAUGUGGAUUGUUGCUUGGGCUCGUUUAUUGUCUCCUACAUGGCCAAAGCUGGCUUUAACGAGCUGAGACCUUUUGACUUCCGUGUUCCAGGAGUUACUUCCAUCUCCUGUGAUACACACAAGUAUGGAUUUGCACCAAAGGGAUCCUCAAUCAUCAUGUACCGUAAUAGAGAGCUCCGUGCGUCUCAGUAUUACAUCAACUCUGAGUGGGUAGGUGGACUGUACGGCUCUCCAACGUUGGCAGGCUCAAGACCAGGUGCACUUAUGGUUGGAUGUUGGGCAACGUUGUUGAAGAUUGGUGACGAUGGCUAUACAAAGAGCUGUAGAGAUAUCGUUGGUGCUGCCAGAGAUCUGAAGACAAGAAUCAGAAAGGAGAUUCCAGAGCUGUCCAUAAUUGGUGACCCACUGUGCAGUGUUGUGUCGUUUAAAUCUGACGUGAUCAACAUCUAUGAGCUGUCUGAUCUGUUGUCAAAGGAAGGAUGGCAUUUGAGUACUCUUCAAAAGCCACCAGCUCUGCAUUUGGCUGUUACAAGACCAUCCAUUGGUUCUGUUGAUGAGUUGAUACAGACAUUAAAGACUUGUAUAAAAAAAUUGAACCACGACGGUGUUGUUAAAAGUGACACUGCUGCCUUAUACGGUGUUGCGGGAAGUGUUCAGACUAGUGGUGUUGCAGAUAGAUUGGUGGAAGGUUUCCUUGAUACUUUGUAUAAGGUGUGAUAUUCGAUAUUCAGCUAUGUCAUUGUCCGUUGCUUCUCUUUGAAUACAUUUGUUUGAUUUACAGCUGUAGGUAUAUAAAGAAGUGCUAC